GAAGAAACCAUUCAUGGUCCUAUUUUUAUCCAAGAGCCAUAUAAUAUCACUUACUCCACGGCCUCAGCAAAUCCAGAAAUCCUACUGAACUGUACAGCUAAAGGAUGCCUACUCCCAUACUACAGGUGGAAGCAAAAUGGCACAGAUAUUGAUCUUACCAUGAGUUAUCACUACAGGUUGGUUGGAGGCAGCUUGGCAAUCAAUAACCCACAUAAAAAACGGGAUAUUGGAACAUACCAGUGUUUGGCCACAAAUUCAUUUGGAACAAUUCUGAGCAGGAUGGCAAAGCUUCAAUUUGCAUAUCUUGAAAAUUUUGAAACAAAAACAAGUAGCACAGUGUCAGUCAGAGAAGGACAAGGACUGGUUUUGCUCUGUGGUCCUUCACCACAUUACAGAGGCUUGUCCUGUACAUGGAUCUUCAACAAUAAUACCUUAUAUGUUCAGGAAGAUAGUCACCGCUUUGUUUCUCAAGAAACUGGAAAUCUGUACCUUGCCAAAGUAGAGCCAUCAGAUGUGGGUAACUACACUUGUGUUAUGACUAACUCCAAAGCAAAUCAAAGUGUGCAGGGGCUACCCACUCCUCUCACUCUCCGCAGCGAUGGUGUGAUGGGGGAGUAUGAACCAAAGAUUGAAGUACGUUUUCCAGAAACAACAUAUGCAGUGAAGGGCUCAUCUGUUAAAUUGGAAUGCUUUGCCCUUGGAAAUCCUGUCCCUAGUAUUAGCUGGAAGAGGUCCGAUGGAAACUCAUUGACAAAAAAAAUUCAGCACAGCAAAACCAAAGGAGUUCUUGAAAUCCCAAAUGUUCAGCAAGAAGAUGAAGGCUUUUAUGAGUGCAUCACAGGAAACAUUAGAGGAAUAAACAUUUCAAGAGGUCAAUUAUUUGUCUAUGCACUCCCUGAAUGGGAUAAAAAAAUCCAAAAUGCCUUUCUGUCUCUCUAUGACAGUUUAUUUGGGGAAUGUAAGGCUAAGGGAAAACCAAGCCCUUCCUACAGUUGGUUAAAAAAUGGCCAGCCAUUCACACCAGAGGUAAGAAUUCACAUAGAAAAUGGAACUCUUAUCAUACCUAUGCUGAAUAUGUCAGACUCUGGCCCCUAUCAGUGUGUGGCAGAAAACAAGUACAGUACUAUUUAUGCCAAUGAUGAGUUGUGGGUGGCAGCUGCAGCACCUGAUUUUUCCAAAAAUCGUGUGAAAAAAAUAUCUGUUGUUCAAAUUGGAGGUGAAGUUACAAUUGGGUGUAAACCAAGCGCUCCUCCUAGAGCAGUUAUUAACUGGAGAAAGGGCCCAGAGGUUCUGCCCCAGAACAAAAGGGUCAUCUUACUAGUGGACAGCAGUCUCAGGCUCUAUAACAUUACCAAAUCAGAUGCCGGGGUGUACAUCUGUAUAGCAACAAAUCAGUUUGGAGUUGCCAGAAGUUCAGGGAACCUGACUGUGAAAGCAAGAACUGUAAUUACUAUUCCACCUUCUAAUAUGGAUGUAACAGUUGGAGAAAGCAUAGUUCUUCCGUGCCAGGUGUCUCAUGACCCCUCUGUCAAAGUGGUGUUCAUAUGGUCAUUCAAUGGCAGUAGAAUUGAUUUUAAUAGAGGAAUACAUCAUUUUGAAAGAAUUGGAAAAGAAUCUGUUGGGGAUUUGAUGAUAAGAAAUAUUCAGCUACAUCAUUCUGGGAAAUAUGUGUGCAUGGUACAAACAACUUUAGACAGUCAAUCUGCAACAGUAGAUAUAAUUGUAAGAGGCCCCCCAGGUCCACCAGAAGAUGUUAAAGUUGAACAUAUUUCUAGCACUACUGCUGUGUUAUCCUGGAAGUCUGGAAUAGAUAAUAGUCCAGUCCAGAUCUACAGUGUUCAAACAAGGACUCCUUUCUCAGUUGGAGGGCAGGUAGUUUCAACAGUUCCUGAAGUCAUUAGUGGUAGGACUCACAAGGCAACAGUGGUUGAAUUAAGCCCUUGGAUUGAACAUAAUAUUUGUGUGGUUGCCAGCAACAGUGUUGGAACUGGGGAGCCAAGCAGACCAUCAGCCCCACAGAAAACUAAAGCAGCAGUUCCUGCUGUGGCACCAACAAAUAUCAGUGGAGGAGGAGGAAGCCAUUCUGAGCUUGUGAUCACAUGGGAGCCAGUUCCAGAAGAGCUACAAAAUGGGGAAGGUUCUGGCUACAUCGUUAUGUUUCGUCCUCUUGGCUCAGCAACCUGGACAAAAGCAGUGGUGGCUUCAGUGGAAGCAAGCAAAUAUGUUUAUAGGAAUUAAAGUAUUAAACCUCCUUUUGAAGUGAAAGUUGGCAUCUACACCAAUGAAGGAGAAGGGACUCUGAGCUCCAUUUCCAUCGUCUACUCAGGAAAAGAUGAGCCACAGAUAGCACCAGUGGGGGCUUUUGCACUGGGUAUUUCAGGAGCAGAGGUGGAGAUCUCCUGGCAGCCCAUUGCAUGGAACAGGCACACAAGCAGGGUGCUGGGCUAUGAGGUUUUAUAUUGGACUGAUGAUCCCAAGGAAAGCACAGCUGGUAAAGUCAGAGUCAGGGGGAAUGUAACAGCCAAAAAUAUCACAGGACUAAAAGCUAACACAGUCUAUUUUGCAACAGUUCAAGCUUAUAACACUGCAGGGACUGAGCCCUCUAGCACCCAGGUAAAUGUCACCAUUAAAAAGUCACCACCAAGUCAACCUCCAGCAAACAUCGCCUGGAAACUGACAAAUUCCAAAAUCUGUUUGAACUGGGAACGUGUAAAAACAAUGGAGAACGAAUCAGAGGUGCUAGGCUACAAAGUAACUUAAAUUUUGUAUAAACAAAACAGACAUAGCAAAACACAUAUACUGGAGACAAACAACACUUCAGCUGAACUUCUGGUACCAUUUGAAGAAGAUUACCUCAUAGAAAUAAGAACAGUCAGUGACAGUGGAGAUGGCAGCAGCAGUGAAGAAAUUAGGAUUCCAAAAAUAUCAAGUUUAAUCUCUGAAGCAAUAAAACUGUCCCAAAGGGUAAACCAUAUAUUGACAUCUGGGAUCCUGCUAUUGAGUUCUAUUCUUAUAUAGUUGUUUCUGAUGAUUAAAAAAUGCUCAGCCAUGGACUUUUAA